AUGUCUCCUCCUUCUGCUGUGUAUCCCGCCGAAUUCGACGGCUACACUGGUACCACCAAGCACGUGAAGGACCUUCCUGUCCAGGAUGGCAAAGUCACCCUGCAGGCCGACGGCAACAAAGCCGACACCAAGCUGCUAGACGGCUUUGCCGAUAAGUGGGAGACCUUCGCGUUCAAUCCCAUCCGCGAGUCGCAGGUCUCGCGUGCCAUGACUCGCCGUUACUUCAAGGAUCUUGACGUCUAUGCUGAGAGCGACGUCGUCAUCGUCGGCGCUGGCUCUUGCGGCCUGUCCACGGCCUACGUCCUGGCCAAGGCACGCCCGGACCUGAAGAUCGCCAUUAUCGAGGCCUCCGUCUCUCCUGGUGGCGGUUGCUGGUUGGGCGGCCAGCUCUUCAGCGCCAUGGUUUUGCGCAAGCCCGCUGACAAGUUCCUCGACGACCUCGGAGUCGCCUACGAGGACGAGGGCAACUACGUCGUGGUCAAGCACGCCUCGUACUUCAUGGGCACUCUGCUAUCCCGCGUGCUCGAGAUGCCCAACGUGAAGCUCUUCAACGCCACGUGCGUCGAGGACCUCGUCACGCGCGACGGCCCCACCGGCGUGCGCGUCGUGGGCGUCGUCACCAACUGGACGCUCGUGACGCAGCACCACGACGAGCACUCGUGCAUGGACCCCAACACCAUCAACGCGCCGCUCGUCAUCAGCACAACGGGCCACGAUGGACCCUUUGGCGCCUUCUGCGCCAAGCGCCUCGCGAGCAUGGGCGCUAUCACGCUCGGUGGCAUGCGGCCUUUGGACAUGAAUACCGCCGAGGACGCCAUCGUCAAGGGCACCCGCGAGGUGGUGCCCGGCCUGAUCUUUGGUGGCAUGGAGCUCAGUGAGCUGGACGGCAGCAACCGCAUGGGCCCCACGUUUGGCGCCAUGGUGCUGAGCGGUGUCAAGGCCGCGGAGGAGGCUCUGAAGGUGUGGGAGCAGAGACACGAGGAGUGCAAGGAGUAA